AUGAAAAUGAUCCAUAAGAUUGGGAUGGUAAGAGCCAUAUACCUUAUUCUGAUUUACAAACAUGCCAUCAUUUUAUGUGGAGAAGACGAAAGCACUGUUGAGAUUGUUCUUUUAAAUAAUGGCACGGAGAAGGAAAAAAGUAGUAAUGGUGGCGUAAAGGGGCCUGCAACAGAAAAUAAGUAUAGGGAGCUUAAGAACAUACUAACAACACUGGUGAGCCAUUUCUUGGCAGGCAGCAGGUUCAAAAACAAUCUUCUUAAAAACUAUGAUGGAGCUGACCAGCCUAGCGUCCCAAAGGAAGGUAAUGAUAAACAAAAACCUACUGACCACAGAAAGGAUGAAGGAGUGGGCAAUCUUUCUCCACAGGAACCAACCAUAGAGAUGCUGGAAAAAAUAAGGAAGAAUCCCCAUGGGAUAUAG